UGCCACAGCCAGAGCCGCGCCACUCCCCUCCCGUGUGAGCUUGGUGUGACAACUGAUACACCCUCAACUUCACGCCUUCAUCAUUUCGCAUGCAACGGUUGUCAGAAAAUAACUCGGGUCGAUGUGAGCAAGCUCGGGUAGUGUCCUUUCUCGCGUUCCCCUUUGAGAAUUCUUGAAAACUAACUUCUACGCACGCCGCGUGAAUGGAUCACCCGAAGCUUGCGCCCGUGAAGGUGAAACCGCAAUGUGCGGAAGGCGACGCAGCAGACGCGGCGUCAACGCAGCUGAACGAGCAAAGCGACUCUGCUCAGCCGCUGUCGCCAACGGCUCGGUUCUUCUUGUCGGACGUGUUCUACACCACCGUGCUGUGCGCGCUGGAGUUUAAAGACCGCCUGGCGAUCGACGAGCUCCGGACGAUCCUCUCGGAUACCCUUUUGAAGCAUCCUCGGUUUCACAGUCGCAUGGAGAAACGUGGCUGCAACGGCGGCGAGCAGGUGUGGGUGCGCACGCAAGUCGACUUGGCCUACCACGUCGUGGAAGGCACAGAAUCCGACCAAUGUGACAGUAACGAGGGAGCAGGGGGCGCGGAGGAAGCUGCAAGACCGGCAGAAUCAAGAAGCGCGGAGUCGGAAUCGCCGUGCUGCGAGGAGGGGAGUGUGGAGUGGCACAUGCGGCGCCUGCAGCAUAUGCCACCCUUCGACCCCUCCCACCCUCUCUGGCGCGUGCACCUGGUGUCUCUGCCCCACGGCCGAUCUGCUGCUCUCUUCCGCAUCCACCACUCCCUGGGCGACGGCGUGUCGCUCAUGUCCCUCCUGCUGGCCUGCACGCGCCGCACCGACGACCCCGCCCUCCUACCCACCAUCCCCGGCGCCAAGCGCCAGAGCCCCUCCCAGCCGCCCGUUCAAGUCCCCGCGGGAACGGCAGCAAGCGGGGUUGAUGACGAGAAGCAAAGGAGCAAGCAAGGUGGCUCAAAUGGAGACGCUGGGGAGGAGGAGAGCAGUGGAGGGUUGGUGGUGAGUGAAGAGCUUCAGGAGCAGCUGGUUGAUGCGGAUCAGACUGAGGAAGAGAACUUAAAGCCAGGCCAGCCGCAGGGUCAGCUGCACAUGCCGUCGGCAGCGUCGGCGUUCACCCUUGACUCGAUGACUGCUUCGCCCUUCACCCCGCAGCCAGACGGGCUGACAGAAGACACGCCCACAGCAGCACAGGCUGCAGCAGGGGGGGGUGCUACCAGGGAGGAAGGGGCAGGCAGUGCGGUGGCGUUGGUGCUGGGGAACACUCUGUGGCACGUGGCGGCUUUCAUGGCUGUGCUGAUGUGGCGCGCUGACACCGACACGUGUGUGAAAAUGAAGGGGAAGAAGGGGAAGAAGGGAGGAGGUGCGGUGAAUGGGGGGAGGUUUGUGUUUGGAGUGAGCGGGCCGCUGUCCCUGAGUGACAUUUCGAGGGUCCGAAGAGCCUUUGGUGCAACCAUCAACGACGUCUCGGUGACGAUCAUCUCAGGCGGGCUGGACCGCUACCUGCAGCACCACCACGCCCAGGCUAAGGAGGCAGUGUCUCCAGGAGAGCCUGCCCCAGUCGUCACCUGCCCGCUGCCCCCCUCUGUUCGCCUCAGUGCGCUCUGCGUUGUCAACAUCCGCCCCACGCCUGGACUUCAGGAAAUGGCUUCGAUGCUCGCUGGUCGCUCCAAGGCGCGCUGGGGCAACUGCCUCAGCACGUUCCUGCUGCCCUUGCCCGUGCACUCGCCCUCGCUCACCAAAGGGCUGCCGAAUACGGAGGGGGCAAAUGUGAAGAACACUGACGAAAAUGCGGCAGGGGAGGUGGUGGGGCGGCUUAAGAGCAGCGAUGAGCAGGCAGCAGGGGAGGUGGAGGGGCGGCGGCUGUGCAUGGUGGCGGCCAUGUGUGCGUCCAAGCGUCAGUCGCUGGAGGCGCAUUACAACUAUGUCAAUGCACGCCUCGUGCUCGCCACUGCUGGCAUGAAGGCAGCGGGAGCGCUGAUGCACCGCCUGUUCCAGCAGACCACCAUUUCGUUUUCCAACAUGAUGGGGCCUGUGGAGGAGGUCAGCUUGGGCGGCCAUGCCAUCGCCCGCAUCAGCCCCACCGUUGUGGGGCAGCCGCAUGCGCUCACUCUGCAUUUCCAGACGUACAACGGCUCGGCGCACAUAGUGCUGUCAGCUCUGAAGGAGAAUGUGCCCGAUCCAGCCUUUCUCCUUCGCUGCUGUGAAGACGCCUUCCAUGCUCUCAAGGCAUCGUUGAAGUAGUGUGGGAGUGGGAGAGGGGUCACAUGAGAAUGGGAAAGAAUCUUCCACUUCUUACUCACCCCGUUGCUGAGUGAACUUGUGUCAUACGGCAUGCAGAAGACAUUUGUUAUGGACCAGGCCCCUAGAUAUCAGACUUUUAACGCUGAUUCAGCCUUUUUUCAGGGUUUUGGGAUAGGGUAAUGCUGAUUGGCUGGCCUUUUUUCAGAGGUGGAUGCUGAUUGAAAAGUUAUUUUUGUCAUACUUAUCUUAGUAUGUUGCAGUAGACUAUACAGGUUUGUGCCUUAGAGGGUUCAACUCACUAGCUUAUAUUACCUUGUACCCUCCUAUUCUAAUCCAUU